CGUAGAUAGACGUAACGUUAGAAGGUGAUGUGAAGUAUGUUGUCUGCCACAACCAGAUAGCUAGCAGACUAACGGUGCAUUUUGGUUGAUACCACAUUUUAAGGAGUUGGACAACGCUUUCCUAGCUAAUAUUAAUGAUUGAAAGAGAAAACAUCUCACACCUAUUGCAUGACUAUAGAAAUUGAUGUUGAUUGUCAAAAAACUCAGUAUAACAGUUAUCUAGUUAACGUAGCUACUAGCUAGAAAAAGUUAGCUAGACACUUGUAGAGCUAAUUUAGCUACUCGAGCUAGUUGCAAUGGAGUUGAGAAGUUGUUGUUUAAUUUAUUAUUAGCCAGUCAAAAACGCAUCAAACGUGAUGAAGGACCGGUUGGGUGAAUUAACCGAAAGCAGGACACAAGCAGAGGAGGAUGUCAGAGUCACAGUUGACAGUGAUGGAUUUAUGGAAGGGUUUUUCAGAAGGGUGGAAGAGGUUAGGGGGCUCAUUGAUAAGAUAUCUUCUGAAGUGGAGGAGGUGAGGAAGAACCACAGCAUGAUCCUGUCUGCACCCAAUACAGAUGAGAAGAUGAAAGAUGAACUUGACCGGUUGACCAAUGAGAUCAAAAGCGAUGCCAACUCUGUGCGAGUUAAGCUUAAAUCUAUGGAGCAGAGCCUGCCCAAGGAUGAUGUUUCUAACAGGGCCUCGGUUGAUUUCCGCAUUCAGAAAACCCAGCACACGGUGCUCUCCAGGAAGUUUGUGGAAGUCAUGAGUCAGUACAACAAGACUCAAGUGUCGUUUAGGGAGAGAAGCAAAGGAAGGAUCCAGAGACAGCUGGAGAUAACUGGGAGAGUGACUAGCAAUGAGGAACUGGAGGACAUGCUGGAGAGUGGCAACCCAUCCAUUUUCACAUCUGAUAUCAUCUCUGACUCUCAGAUCACGCGGCAGGCCUUGAAUGAGAUUGUGUCACGGCACCAGGAUAURAUCCGCCUGGAGUCCAGCAUCAAGGAGCUCCAUGCCAUGUUUAUGGACAUGGCCAUGCUGGUGGAGAAUCAGGGGGAUAUGAUCAACAACAUAGAGAACAACGUCUCCAAUGCAGCUGAAUACAUAGGCCGUGCCAAAGAGGAGACCAAAAAAGCUGUGAGAUACCAGAAAAAAUCCCGGAGGAAACUCAUCCUCCUUGCCUUUGCUCUAUUGAUCCUGCUUGCUGUCAUUGCACUAAUUGUUGGCCUGUCUGUUGGACUAACCAAAUCCCCUGUAUGAGUCCUGUCCUGCUCUCUGUCUGGGAAAUUGUUCUGGCUUGCCAUUUGUGUGGCACUGGCUCUCCUCAUAGUCAUCAUAAUAGCAACAAUAUUUGACUGACCAUUGAGAGGCCCCACUGUUCAGAACAGCAGAUGAGUCUACAGCAGUUUCUCACACCUUUGGGGCCAAGUUCCAGUCAUCAUACCCUGCUCAAUUUUCAACUACUCCAAUACCAAGACGGGCAUUUCACUUCUCAGAGGACAAUAGAUCCAGCUGUAUCCACCAUGUUAUUACAAUAUUACACCUCUUGACUCCAUAUAAUGGCUGAGUCAGUGGCCUUGGCUUACACAAUUUCACAGAAGUCCUAGGGCUCCUAGGAAAACACUCUCUCUUGCUGCAAUAAUACAGGGUAGCCUUUUUUACUGUCCGUGCAAGUAACUAGAAUGAAGUCUCUACAGGAUUGCCAUAGGCUACAUGUCAACAAUGACUACCAUUGCAAACUACAUAGACAGACAAAGACUCACCUCUACUGCUGCCAUAAAGGCUAAUAACACGUUACAUGGUAAGUAGAGAGAUGUCACUUUCAAACUUUACUGAGCAGAAUGAUUUUUAUCUACACCAUAAUUUAGACACUUUAAAGCAAUUCAUUUCUAGCUCUGUGUUAAAAUAUCAACUUCAGUUUAUGUAAUUUUGUUCAAUUUAGUGUAACGACCAGAACAAGAUGAUUUCAUACAGCUUAGGUGUAAUGUUUUUUUCCUUGUGAUGAUCAUGACUAAAUGUGCCUUAAGAGAACCGAACACUAUAAUACUUAAGUGUACUAAUUAAUACACUCCCAAUGAAAACUUUGAUUGGAAACCAUUUCACUGUUGGGAUGCAAUGUUUGUGUCUUGUUUUGACUACUAUUACUUUGGUCUGCACUUAGAUUUUUUAUUUAUUUCUAUGAUUUAUUUAAGUGUCAUACACCUACUGGUGCCCAGCCCACAUGGGUUUACAAGACACAACAGAACCAAAUAACAUUUGACAAAUUAUACAUAUCAUACGCCUACAAUAAUCAUGGUCAGUAUAGCUACCAUCUAGCCACUCUACACAAAAAGUUGAUAUCUCCUGUCCUGACAUCGUGAACAAACUGAGCAAUCUCAAACACCAUGUCUGAAACAGAAUUCAAGCCUCAAAGACAAAAUCCAUUUAUUGUUUUAUUGACCUGUAUGACAACCUGAGACGUGUUCUUUUUUUGUAACAUUUUGGUGAUAACUCUUCUGGUUACGGGAUGUUUUCUGGUUA